AUGUCGACUACUGGUCAAAAAGUCAAGGUCGCCGCCAUCCAGGCCGAGCCCGUCUGGAAUGACCUAGAAGGAGGUAUCGUCAAGUCCAUUUCCCUGAUCGAGGAGGCUGCCAGCAAGGGAGCCCAGGUUGUCGGUUUCCCGGAGGUCUUCAUCCCCGGAUAUCCAUGGAGCAUCUGGGCCCAGAACCCGAUCGAUAAUGGCAAGUUCAUGGACGAAUACUUCCGCAACUCGAUGGAGCGUGAAUCUCCCGAGAUGGAGCGCAUAUGCGCUGCCGUCAAGGAGGCCGGCGUCUUCGUCGUUCUCGGAUACAGUGAACGGUACAGGGGAACACUAUACAUUGCUCAGUCCUUUAUCGACGAGAACGGCGUCAUUGUCCACCACCGCCGCAAGAUCAAGCCUACUCACGUAGAGCGCGCAUACUACGGCGACGGCCAGGGCGAGUCUCUGCAGUCGGUGGCGCCGAGCACCAAGCUGCCCUCUGUCCGGAUCGGCGGCCUCAACUGCUGGGAGCACACGCAGCUGCUGCUGCGCUACUACGAGUACGAGCAGGACGUCGACAUCCACGUUGCCAGCUGGCCGCCUGUCUGGCCGACGCCCACCAAGGACGACGGUGAAGCCGACGCCGACUGGCCGUCCCACAUCACCGACGACGUGUGCAUGCACCUCUCGCGAUCUGUUGCCCUGGAGGGCGCCUGCUUCGUCGCCGUCGCCAGCCAGGUUAUGUCCGAGGAGAGUCUCAAGCGCUGUCGCAUCGAGGACUUCAACUACGCCACCAGCCACGCCGCGCCCAACGGUGGCUUCAGCAUGAUCUACAACCCCUGGGGUAAAGAGCUGGUCAAGCGCCUCGACCCGGGUGAGGAGGGCAUCCUCGUCGCCGAGGUCGACCUCUCGGUCAAGCGUUUCGCCAAGCAAAACCUCGAUGUCGUCGGGCACUACUGCCGCCCCGACCAGCUCAGCCUCCGUGUCAACAAGUAUGCUGCUCGCCCGGUGCACUACGCCAGCGAUCCCUGA